AUGAACGACAGAGAGAAAAACAUCGCUGCGGCUCGCCAGGAGAUGGAGGCGCUGCAAAACGCGAACGAUUGGCUGCAUGCAGAAGAACGAAAAUUCAACCAACCGGGCUCUGCCUACGACUUCCGUCAGCUGCGGCCGGAGAGCGAAAAUCGAGGCGGUCAUCUCGGAGCUGGACAUCAAGAAGCGGCAGAGUCUGGAGACAACUUGGCUGCAAGUGAACGAGAAUUUCACGGCGAUUUUCGAGCAGUUGCUUCCGAAUGCCCAAGCGAAGCUCGCACAGGUCAACCCGCGCGACCUCAUGGACGGCCUGGAGAUGCGGAUUGCCUUCAAUCAAAAGUGGAAGGAGUCUCUCGCCGAGCUCUCGGGAGGCCAGCGGUCCCUGCUUGCACUAUCCCUCAUUCUCGCGCUGCUGAAAGUGAAGCCGGCGCCGGUUUACAUUCUCGACGAGGUCGACGCAGCGCUCGAUCUGUCGCAUACGCAAAACAUCGGGAGCAUGAUCAAGACCCAGUUUCCGACGUCGCAAUUCAUCAUUGUGUCUCUCAAAGAGGGGAUGUUUUCGCAUGCAGACGUUCUCUUCCGGACUCGGCUGAUCGACGGAGUAUCAAAUGUGGAGCGCCACGCCCUGGCGGAGAGGCCCCAACAGCGCCGAGAUGUCCCCGGCUCGGCGGAGGAGGCGGCGUGUGGCGUGAGCAGCGCCAGAAAGCGCAUGCGAAAGAAUGCACAACGAGGCGAAGACAGCGAAGACCCGAACUAGCUGGCCUCGACUUCGUCUCUUUUUGA